ACCAAGCCAGCAGAAGUCAAGCCCGAACUACUGCGUUGCGACAAAGGAGGGUGCAACAAGUGGUGGAAGAAAUCAGACCUCAAGACCAUCGGCAACAGCGACUUCCAAAAGUGUCCACACUGCCGAGAAGUGAACACAACUCCUACAAAGUACUGGAUCGGAGGAGUAAGUGGACCGAAAGAACCAGCCUACGACUAUCCGGCAAGAAUGCCUCAAACACCGCAAAUCCAUCCGCUACCGGUGAAGGUACCUGCAGAGCGAACAAGCAGUGUCAAGAGACAGAUCUCUGGCAGCUCGCCUAUCAGUACUCCUACGCAGAACAAGAAGGCAAGGACCAGCCUGCAUCAGCUUACUCCUGUGCAAGUCUUAGGCGUCAUCGAGCCGGCGAAGAUGGAGCGCAGCAACAGCCUCCAAAACCCUACAACUGCUGCAGGUCUCCCUAGCAAAGAGCCUGGCCUCGAAACGUUCCGCUCCAGGAGCGACCAUCUGUUUGCAGCCUGGAAAGCCUGCAAAGGUUGCCCAGACCUCCGCAAAGAGAAGGAGCUUAAGGAUGCAGAAGAACGCCUGAAAAUGCUUCACAACAGCAUCCCUAAGAUCGAACGUAAAGUUCAAGAGGCGCAAAAGGAACAGCAGGCCACCAUGGCAGAUCUGAAAAGAAAGGAAGUUUUCCAGGAAAAGCUCGACGCACUCGUGGCAGACGGAGAACUGGAUCAAGGUGAGCACAAACCCAUCAAGGAUAAGUGGUACAUGUCUGCAAGACAGCAUGUUCAGCUGGCGUACGAGAAGAAUAAUCGCGCCUCGAAGACGUUGCAAAACGCGCGCAAGGACAUGGCGGAAGCGAAGACAUUGGAGAUGAACCAAAGGCAUCAAAUCGAUGUUGUCAAAGAAGAGAGAUGCCAGUUGCAAGGCUUUGGCGAGUUCAUGUCCAACUGCAUUUUGCCAUCGAGCAAGGGCGCCUGA